UGAUCAUCAGUGCCCUGAUGAUCGGUGCCCAGCAGUGCCACACACAAGUUCCGCCCACCUGUGCCCAGCAGUGCGCCCACCUGUGCCCAGCAAUGCACCCACCUGUGCCCAGCAGUGCGCCCACCUGUGCCACCCAGCAGUGUCACCACCUGUGCCCAGAAGUGCCACCUACCUGUGCCCAGUAGUGCCACCCACCUGUGCCCACCAGUGCCACCCACCAGUGCCCAUCAGUGCAGGCCAGCAGUGCUGCCAGUCAGUGCCACCAUCAGUGCCACCUAUCAGUGCUGUCUAUCAGUACCCAUUAUCAGUGUCCCCUAUCAGUGCCACCAAUCUGUGCUGCAUAUCAGUGCCACCUAUCCGUGA